AUGGAUAACGGGCACGAACAUCGCGCACGUGCAGCUCCCGCGUGGUGCGACACAUAUCGUGCCGGCGGCGGGGAGCAUGGACCGGACGCGAAUCGGCUAACCCUAGAAGGCGACGCGAACGCGCAGUCGUUCGCGGAAGGUCUGCCGGAUGCAGACGAAUAUAAUUUGGAUGCGACUUGCGACCCCGCACAGACCGAGUGGGGGAACGGGCCUCUCAAUCGCCGCGUCAAACCCUGGUCUUUGUCUACUUCCCCGCGUCUCCUCGUUACGACGUCUCAUUUGCCGGGGCCACAGGGUGUGAGGCCGUCUGUUUCGUCGCCGCUUUAUCUAACCGCAGAUGGUGUUGCGCAUCUUCCUGCGGUUUCCCUUCUCCCUCCGGCAAGGCGCCUUCGACGGCAAGUCGAACAGCAACUCUCCCGACGCUGUCCGGCGCCGUCUCUUGCAUGUGCCAGCGAAGCUCUGACCCGGCCCUUUCUCGGGUCGUCUUCCGGGCCCUCUGCUUUUUCCGCGCCGCCCAUAUCUUCGAAUCGCGAGGCUGACUCGUCUUAUUCUGCAUCUCCGCCUCCAGACUCCCCCGUGUCUGUCCAAGAUAUGGCGCCGACAGAAACCGUGAACGCGUUCCUUCUUCAGCGCGCGCGUCGCACUCAGGCUGGGCGCUCUCACCGAAACGCAAGCACUGCGUCGGGGCGUCCCCAGCAGUGUCUGCAGCAGGCGCUUCUUCAGCAGCAGCCCUUGAGGAGACGCGCGGGUCUGGAGGAGCCUUCGACCGGGCUCGCAGCGUCGGCAGAUAUUUUGGGCGUGGUGGAGCAACUCCGUCAGCUGCUCAGUCGUCUCGAGAGCUACGCUCAUUUCCUUGAAGGGAGGCCUAUCGUUAGUAGCUACGACAUCACGGAAGAUGACGGGGGUCUUCUCCUCCUCCCGCAGUGCAUGACCGCCCCGGCUUCUGCGCUGUCGGUCUCCGCGUCGUCAGUCAACCCUUACCCGGUGGCUGGCUCCGCGACGCGACAGGCGCGGCGACAGAGGCAGCAGUAUCAACGGCAAGAUCUCCACGACCUGAGGCAGCUGAUCUUCAAGGUCGCAGACCUCACCAUAUCGGACGCAACGUCGUGGGCGGCCGCAAACGGCACCCCGACCGACAGAGACGAGCGAAAUGACUCGCCUACUCCACGUCCGGUCACGGGGAAUACCGCGCCUUCUGGCGGUACGGGCGCAUCCACAGAGGGAGCCGCGCCCGCCUCCGAGCCUUCCAGCGGAGGUGCCAGGGGCGCGCAAGCGCCGCCCAGUGGCAACGCUGGAGGAGGCGCGCCGCGGCAGGCGGCCCCGCAAGCAGACGUGUUUCAGCCGCCACCGCCGGCACCGACAGUUUCUCCGGCGUCUGCAGAGCACAACGUUCUUCUGUUUCUCGGGUACGGGGGAGGCCUGCUUCUCGUCCGGACUUUGCUGCUCAAGGAGAGCACAUUCGACAUUGACGAGCCGAGCGAGUUCCUCUCCGGCGCGCGCGUGGCUGCUGAGCUUAAGGAGCUCUUGAUUUACGUCAAAAGCGAGUGCCUGUAUCUUCUGCGCGAGCUCGUCAUCAACAAUAUGCAGCUGGCGGGCACGUGUGCAUGGAACCCUGAGCUAAUGCGGCUCCUGUUCGAGCUCAUUGAAAACCCUGUGACUUUCGAUAGCUCGGAGCUUCUCUUGGAGGAGCUCAUGUCGUCUCGCGAAGGUUUGUUUUCAACGCGGCACGGCUGCCCACAUUGGUUUCGCCAGCCGCCGUCCAGGCGUUCUGAGUCUCCUCAGAACCCAGACGAGGCCGCCGACUCGCAAGCGGGAGCAGGUGGCGAGUUUCACCAUCAGGCGGCUUCGGGCGUUCGCCCGCCGCACGCGGAUUCUGCUGGAGUGAUUUCUAUCCCGCCUCUCCGUCAAACGAACCUCAUCCAACGUCUCAGCAUGCGGCACGUGGCGGUCAUGACGCGGCUGCUCAGCCUGCUGCUUUUUGAGAGAGACGACCGCCACGCCUGCGAGGACACACUCGCGCUUCUCCAGCUGCCGCGGCGAAUUCGGCACGUGCCGAGGGCGCGCGGCGCAAGCGGGAGAGGACAGAGGCACCACUUGCUUGAUCAACAAGCCGCAGAGAAGAAUGCGCACAACGAGGGAGGGAACGUGGGGCGGGGAGUAACGGUAACGGAAGAUACGAGCCGAGAAGAGAAGGAGACGCAGGAGGACACCAGAGGUGACGCGGGCCCCCACGGCGCGAGCGAUUCAUGCCUAUGCAACGCCGAUGAAGAGCGGAGGCGAGAGAAGAGCUGUUAUGACGCGCAAACAAGCGACAAUACAAAAGAGAGAAGAGCUUUCAGCCCCGACUCGUCUUCUUCCUUUUCCCUCUCACCUCCUAGGAGGCCCGAGGGGACGCUCCGGAACGCGGAAGACGAGGACUCCACGGCCACGGAGGGCGACGAAGGGCGGCGAGGACGAAUGCGAUAUCCGUAUGUGUUUCCUAGUCAACUCGAGUCGGUCUACCCUGCUCGCGACAAGGUUGGCCGUCUGCUUCGUCGGGCCUUGGAUCGCCGCCUGCGGACCCGCGCCCGACUCACCAGCCGGUCCCCGUCGUCCACAGUCUCUGGGGCGAGCGAAGAUGGGAGGGACGCAUCCAGCAGCUCGAGCGAAGCGACCAGCUCGCGACGCAGGAGCCUGCACUCUCUGUCGUCUGCUUCCUCGGCUUCCCUGGAGGACUGCCGCGUGGGGCAGGGGGAGGGAGCGGGUCGGCAGCUGCGCCACGGGGCAGAAGAGGCCGGAGGUCCUCGUAAGGCCACGGGUUCCGAUGCGGAGGCAGCGGACAGAGCGGAGGGCGAGCCGACCGUGACAUGUCCACGGGCGGAGAGACGUGAGUCGCGUUCAGCUGGCGAGGAGGCGCGAGCAGAGAGUCGGCGACGCAGGCACAGCUCGGCUCCCCGUGUGUCUACAUCCUCACGGCAGGCUUGUCCCCCUUCCGCCAUGCUCUUCGACGCCUGGCGAGGUCGAUGGAGACCACGGUACGACGUCGACGAUGGGUCGCGGGACGCCGGACACUCAGACAGUGGCGGGGAAGACAGUGUCUCUCACUCGGAUCGUGCGUGGAUUUGUCAGCGGUUCAACCGCCCGUCGUCGCUGGCGCUCGAUCGGCAACUCUACGUCGAUGUCCACACGCAAAGCACGCGCGAACUGCUUCGGGAGCUCGACCUCGAUGGCGGCGGACGCGAGGCCCGCAACCUUCGCUGCUGCCCCAUGUCUGCAACGAAGUUCUUCCACAGCUCCUCCUGUGACGUUUGCCUCGUCGGCAACCAAAGGGCCAUCCUCGACUCCCCAGACCUCCUCGAAAGACUCGUUGACUUGCUCAAACUUCAGGUUCUGCCGAUGCCGGUUUGCCUCAGUGGGCUAACCUGCGGGAACAUGCCUGGCUUCGAGUCAGCGAACUCACUCAUUCAGCGUCUCAGUCAGUCGACGGCGCCGCUGUUCGAGGAGGCGCUGGGUUUGUCUUCUUCAUCGGGUGCCUCUCCGUCGGCUCCCGCGCCCGCGGCGGAAGCCUCGUCUGCGUGGUCCGUCGCGGCAGGACCGGCGGCGUCGGGCGUCCAGCCUUCUGCGGCUCCCGGGGGAGCGACCAUCUGGCCCCACUACCCAGAGGGCGGCGCGUAUCCUUCUGGCCCCCGUCAGUCUUUCUCCCUCUUCCAGGUUUCGCUGCAGGCUGCCGGCAUGUCCGCCAGGGGGGAGCAGCCCGUGAACGCUUCCCAUCCCUCCGCGCCUUCCGCGGCGGCGUCGGGAGCAUCUUCGGUCUGGCGUCGCCUGUCUUCCUUCGUGACAGGCAGCCGCGCAGGCACCUCGGCUGCGGGCGAGGAAGCCGCGCCCUCGGCGUCUGCGCCAGCUGCGUCUGCCCCUGCGGCCGCAGCGGGGGGGGGCCUUCCUCCUCCGCCGCACGCAGCGAGGAGCGCGGGCGCGCCGCGCGUCGCGCCGCCGGGGCACUUCGAAGUGACGUUCGAAGACCGCCGCGACGGCGGAGAGGGGGACCUGCUGAAUUUCUCCUCGCAGCCUGCGGGCGCCGCACAGCUGGGCCAGCAGCUCAGCGCGACCAUCACGCUGGAAUUCACUCCCGAGGGCCUGCUCGUGCUCCCCGCGAACGACAACGCCCUAGUCUCCUCGCUGAGUGCUGUGCCCUCGUUCGAGUUCCAGCCAGCGGGCAGGGACGUCGACCAGCGCGCCGCCGGCGGCGGAGAGCCCCGGCGACCUGCGGGGGCGAGCCCAGUUGCGGGCGGAUUCAGAGACGCACCCCAAGGAGGGCCGUCGACUGGAGCGGAACCUGAGAGGCGGGCGAGCAGCGCAUGCAGCGCUGGCCAGGGGGACCUGUCCCCCGACGCAGUUGUCAGCACGUUGCGCCCCGCGACGAUUGCAGCCGACAGGACCGCGGCGGAGGAAGGCCUCGCGUCAAUUCCUCCCUUCGUCCCCGUCCAAGAAGGCGAAGCGCGACAGACUCGCGUCGUGCCGGCGCCGGUCACGCUCCCGCGGAUCACCUUCCCUGCGGCUGUGGUGACCGCUGCGAGGCUGCGGAAGGUCCAGCAAGAUCGAGAAGCAGCUGCGCGCCAACAGCGCGAGCGGCGCGCGGGGUCCUCCGCUUCUUCUUCCUCGUCGAUUGCCACGCUGUCUGCGGCUGCGGCUUCAGGAGCGGCACCCGGAGAAGUCGAGUUAGCUGAGACCCUGGCGUCGAUUGGGGGCUUUGUCUGGCUUCCAAGAGACCUCGCCCAGGGCGGGAGCCAGGAGGGCGUCGUGCCCAUCACGGAGGAAGGCUACGCAAUCAUUUACGUGCCUGACAGCUUCUCGGGCCAAGGCAGCUCCUCCCGUUUUUCUCCGUACAUUCUCAUCCCGCCUCCCACCUCAGGCGCGCCCGACACCUUGGCCUUCUCGCCGCCGCUCGCUCAACAGAGACAGAUGGGCGGCCGCCAGACCCGAGACGGCACUGGAGGCAGUGGAUACGCCUCUUCGGCCUCGGGACACUCUUUGGCGUCGUAUCCUUCUGCGGUGUCUUCGCUCGGAUGCCAGAUGUCCUCUACGUCGCCUUCGCCCCAAGUGCCCUCUCCCCAGUUGCAGCCGUCCGCGGCUGCUGCGUCUCCCUUCCCCCAAGCCUCGCCUGCGGCUCCAGCUGCGUCACCGACGCGGUCAGGAAGCAGCGCUGCAGAUUACCUGUGGAAUCUCUUUUCCUUUGGCGCCCACUCGUCGUCUUCCUCUGCCUCCUCUUCGUUCGAGUCUGAGUCUCGGGACGAGCGCAGCAGCGCUAACGUCUCCCCCAACUCGCUUUUUCCUGCGUCGUCUGCUGCGCCUCCGCCGACGCCGGCGCAGCAGCCGCCGCCGCCCCCACCCCCGCCGUCUCACACGAUCGUUCCUUCUUCACUCCCUUCGUCUCCUCGCGGAUCUCUCCGCUCUGCCUCAGCGGCGUCCUCGUCUUUGGUCGCCGCUGCGCUGCGCGGCCGAGGCGCCGCGACGCCGGCACCGCGCACAGUCGUGCAAGUCAUGGUGCAGGCUGCGCUGACAGCUGUCCCUGAGGGCGACGACGUCUUCACUUUUGCGUCUUCGUCCCAAACAGGCUCGCUGGAGAGGAGCGGCGGAUCGUUGGCUCCGCUGCUCGCCUCGGCGCUCCCGCACUCGCCCGCACCCACCAACCUGCGAGGGGCUGCCGACGUAGGCGGCGGAGGCGGCGAAGCCGCUGCAGAGAGUGUGUUAGCCGCGCUCGCGCGCCUCUCAGGAGUGGGCGGCGGCAGCGCGGCCACCGCAUCUGGGCAGUUUUAUUCUUCGAUAUCGCAGGGAGAGGCCCACACCGCGGUGCCCGCGCAGGGAGGCCGCGAGCCUGCCGGUUCUGACGCGUCUCUCAGCCGAAGCAGCGGAGGCUGGAGCAGGAGUGGCAGCCACUCGUCCAUGUCGUCUUCGGAUUCAGCGGACGCGGCUUCGGCUCAGUCGCUUGCCCAGCAGAUUUACCAGUCUUUCCUACGCCCCGUCUCCGCGUCCUCGGCGACGCCUUCGCCACCGCCUCAGCCAACGCAUUCCUCAGGCGGCGUCCGCGCGCAUGCAGCCGCUGCGAGCGGGAGCUCUGCCCCUCCCGCGGGCCCCGGCGAACACCCAGCCAGUGCAGCCCCGAGUGCCCCCGCGGCGGGGCUGAACAACUGGCGCCUGGUGCCGGGAGUCGGUUGGAUGGCGACGACGAUCGCGGGGGAUGGCGGCGGCGAAUCGGGCUCGAACGCGGGCGCGUCUGCGGGAGGGAUUUCGACUUCUGAGCUGUUCACGCUGCUGGGGACUGGAGGGUCGACGGGGCUGUCGUUGGAGCAGCAGUACGCCGCGACGGGCUUCGGCGGGGCUUCAGGGACGUGGACGCAGGACGACGUGGGCGAGGACUUUGCGAGCUUCUCCUUCUCGGGCGCUGGCGGGGAACCCAUGGGGGCCGCCGGCCGGACUGGAGCCCAGGGCAACGCGCAAGACUUGCAGCAGCUUCAACGCAUCUUCGAGCAGAGUUACCAGACGUACCGAACUCAGCGAAGGAAUGUGAAGAAGCAGGAACAGGCCGAGCGCGAGGAAAGACGGCAAGCGCGCAGGAGACGCAGAGCAGAGACACGCCGGCGGGCCUCGCCGCAUUAUAAAGAUCUCUUCCCGGACGGAAAUUCAGCCGAUCUCCCUCACGCCGCCGGCAGCGCGUCCACCGGGCUGGCGCAUGCGUUCUCUUCGUCGUUCUCCUCUUCGGAGUCCGCGUCCUCGUCUUCUCGCCGCCCACCGCGCCGGUCGUGGUUCGCCGACAUGCACCUGAGUCAUGACCAGGAGCGCAGCUCGGCAUCGAGCGACGCGUUCGGGCUGGCGUCUUCUGCGUCUGCCUCGAGCGCGUCUCCCUCCGCUUCGCGCCGAGACGCACGCGACGACAGCGUCUCCCAGAGAGCGACACCCGGGUCGGCGGGGCGCCUGUCGGCGGCGGGCGCCGAUUUCACGGCGGCCCCGUUCCGCCGCUCUGCGCGGCGUGCGAGCCGCGGGAAGCGAGCAGGCAGCGAAGGAGGCGCGCACAGCGAGCAAGAAGGGAACGUGUUCGCGAGACUCCUGAGACGGCUGUCGUCUUCCUUCUUUUCCUCAUCCCGGCCUCGCGCAGGGAGCGGCGCUGGGGGAGACGCGGAGGGCCGAGGCGAGGCGCCCGUGACUGCCGAAGAGCAGCCCUGUCGCCGUUCGUCCUUCUUCUCGCCGCGCUCUUUCGAGGGCGAAGGCUUUUUUCAAAGGUGCUCGCCAGGCACCGCGCCCGGAGGGGUGCGUGACGGCGCUGGCGAAAGACGACGGCGGGACGGGGGCGAGGACGGUUUGGAGGCGCAAGGCGGCGCAACGGAUCAAGACCGAGAGGCGGGCGACGCAAGGCACCGCAGGCGAGAAGACGCGCGUAGCUGGGGGGUGGAGGACUUCCCCGCGGAUGACAGAUUUGUGUCACCCCCCCCCCAAGACGAGCGACGCGCGCAACUCUCGGUACAGGACCCUAACGUCUCUCCACUGACCUCUUCGUCUCCAGGUUUGCUCUGCUCGCCCUCUCUGCCCUGCUCUUUGUCCUCCCUUUCGCAUCCCCUCACUUCUCUCUCGUCGGCCUCCGUCACCCCUCACGUUGCCUCGACCGGCAGCAGCGCCAGUCCGUGUGAGCACGACUUCGCCUCUCUAUCUGAAGCUGUCCCAAGGGCGUCCAGCUCAGCUGCCUCACUCCGCGCUCCGGUGGCCCCGCCGUCGCGCUUCGCGGACGUGGUCGCAGCGCGGAGCGACGCCGCGAGAGCCCGGCGAGGCGAACCUCGAGGGCCAGACGCAGGCCGCUGUGGCCUCAGAGUCCCCCAGGUCCACAAACGAAGGGAGGGAAGCCAACGCGCGAAGAAAGAAGGGCACGAAGGAGCGACGCCGACUGCGACAGGUGCGGCCGGACUGACUGAGAGAGAACGGGCGCGCUUGCGGCGCUACGUUCUACGGCUUGAGCGCCGAGCGCUUGCCGAGUGGAGACGCGCAGAGGCGGCGCCAGAGGCGCAGGAGGAGGAGAGACGAGUCGGCGGUGGCGCGAGGGCCCGUAGAGAGAAGAGAGCGAGACGGCUUGGAUCCGGAGGGAGCAACGACCGAGCGAGCUCUUCCUCGUCCUCCUUCUCGCUGUCUUCUUCCGCUUGCCCCGAUGACGGCGGCGAGCCGAAGGUGCGACAGACAGACGCCGGGGGAGUCACAGAAGAGACUCGGGAGGAAGCUGGAGCCUCGCCUUCGUCUCCUCAUCGGCCUCGCCCGUCAUCGUCCUCUCGAGCCUCUCAGGGUCCUCGCAGACGUGUCGCGCCCCUGUGCGCUGCCGCCCGCGGGAGCUCCGACGGCGACUCGAGCCCCAGCAGCGACGAAAGCCGCGCGGCCCGUCUCUUCGUUUCGCGUGCGGCGUCGCUGUCGAGUUUUUGGAGCUCUAGCUCAGACAGCAGCGUCAUGUCGAGCUCCACGGAGGACGAAGACGAAGAAGCGAUCAAACUGCGACGCCUCGAGAGAAAGGCGCUUCCCGCCGAUUUUGAGGCUAUCGCGUCCCUUGCGCUUCGACGGCGCUUCUUCCAGGCCGGAGGGACAGAAGGCGCGGAGAAAGAGAAGGCGCGAGAGAGGGGCGGAGCCUCUCCCCUGUCUGUAGCAAGCCCGUCACGAGCCCUAAACCGCGCCGCGCCAAGUUGGCGACCCUUCGGAGGAGAUUCUGCAGCGGCCGAGAGAGAGCGGGCUGGGACAGCAGCGGACGACUCGGGCGCUGCGACGGAGGCGGUGCGGGCGGCUCACUCGGGAGACGAACGGAGCAACGGCUUAGAGACAGCAGAGAAGCGAGAAGGCCAGGUGCGCGGAGACACCCUAGGCGGUGCUGGGGCCAUGGCCAAGGAGGAGGGAGCUGAGCGGGAUCGCAAAGAAGUUGACGAGCGAGACUGCAUGCGAGGCGGCGGCCACACAGGCGGCGCAGCCUCUGAGGAGCCGUGGAGGAACUACAACUCCGAGUUGCUCUACCAUGUUCAGCAGGGGCUCAGUCAAUCCGAAAAGCGAGAAGACGCAUUCCCGGAGCCGCAGCGGAGUGGAGAUGAAGAUGAAGAGGAGGCCGAAGCGCAGACAGGGAGUCAGCGGGCCUCGUUGGCUUUCGACGCUUCCUGCUCAGCGCCCGAGCAAGCUUUCUCGCCGCGCGCGUCGGCUGCGUGCCCUUCAGGGGAACAGGCGUUCGCUUUGGAGUGUGCUUCCUCCGCUCACCCGGCGGACUACUCGACAGCGGCGGCCGGCCCUGGGGCGUCUUCUGUCCCCCCUUCGUCGGCGUUGCCCGCGUCAUCGUCGUCUUCGUCCUUCCCGGGUGUUCUCUCUUUCUUUUCUUCACCCUUCACUCCAAGCUCGCUGCAUCUUCCGCAGGGGGCGGGCGCGCUGCCACGUUCGGAGAACGUGGAGUCGCAGGGGCAACAAUUCCCUGCCUCCGUGCUGCGGUCGCCUUCGCAGCCGUCGCUGCCGCGCGGCCCUGGCUCGUCACAAGCUCCCCAAGAAACCCCUCAGGCUGCGGAUGCUGCGCCGUCUUCGCAACCCGCUGCCGCCGCUGUGAAUCCCGCGGGCCGUCCGGCUGCGUCGUCUGGCUCUGCUUCAGGGGCUCACGCGGCGGGCCUGGGGGCCGGGGUCUCGGGGCUGUCGGCGCCGUCGGGGAGUGCGCCGCUUGUCUUCAGCGUCCCCCCGGAGGCAGUCAGCGCGAAUGUCCUCGGCGUGCUGCCAGCGGGCGGCGACGGAAGUCUCAACGUGAUGAGCGGCUUCUCUGGGGCGGGCAGCGGCGGCAUGACGGUCGACUUCAUGCUCGCGACAGCCCUCAGUGCCCUCUCGCAAGCUGCCGCGAGAAGCAACAACGAGGCGCUUCAGAUGCUGCUCAACAGCCUCAUCCAACACUUUGGCUCGCCCACGCGCUCCUACGUGCUGAGGAUUGCGGGCCUCUCGCAGCACCAGCCCGAGCUCUACUUCGUGAUUUGCGGCCUCCUGGCGGGGCGCUUCCGGCGUGAAGUGCAGCAGCGCCUCAACCAGUGCGGCAUCGUGCCGCUCCUCUCGCAGCUAUUCGACGCCGUCGUUUGGUUCUCGCCUCCGGACGAGCCCAGCAGAAAGCCGACGGUUGGCGAGCCCGACAAGGCCCGGAUGCGGUCGCGUGAGCGCGCAGGCUGCGGCGAGGAGCCUGGAGCCGAAGGGGCCGACAGCGAGGCCGAAGCGGGCGACGCGGAGCCCAUCGCCGAUGAGGAGGAGGAGGGCGAUGCAGAUCCUCUGAAGGUGGCGUGCGAGUCAUCGCUCUGCGGCCUCAUCGUCGAGUUUCUCCGCGUCAUUCAUGACGUGUGCGACUUCGAAUCCGGUGUGGUCGCGGGCACCAUUAAGAGGCAGCUGCUGACUGCACACGAGCGAAAUGUGGUGAUGCAUUCGCUGCGGCGCGUCCGGCGGGUUGACGGCGGUCGAGGCACCCGCCCCCCUUGCUGUGUGCGCGUCAUCCGCCGCAAGGUCCUCGUUGUGCAUCCGCAUCCGAUGAUGAAUUCUCCCCCGGCCGCGCAGGCGCGCGACGACGAUCAGGGUCUCCCGCCGCAACUCGUCUCAGGGCGAGAAGAGGAAGAAGAGGACGGCGGCGACGUGUCGCCAACGCGUGACGGCGCCGCGAGGCCGGCAGGCGACGCCGCGGGCCUCCUCCCGUCGCCGCCUUCCACUUGGGCGACGUCGCCCCACGACCAGGCGUCGCAGCUGUCUCCAGUGUCCGCGUCGUCCGCGGUGUCGGUGUCCUCCUCGCCGCCGCUGUCGCCAAGCGCGUUCUGCGCGAGCGGCGCGCCGAGCGAGAGCGGCUACGGCGCGGGCGCCGGGGGUCCUGGUGGCGUGCAUCAGUCGAGUGAGCGUUUUCCGCGGAUUCUCACGAGCUACGUGUUCAAAGGCACGUCCGGGUUGCUGACCAAGCUGAUUACGGUCUACGCCAGCGAGCCUUGCGCCUCCGUCUACAAGUUCUGGCUCGCGUCCUCCAUCGAGGCCUGCAUUCGCGGCGGCGACCCGCUGCUGAAGAUCUUUGCGGCCGAGCGCGGGCUCAUUAGACUCCUCCUGCGCGACAUUGUCGAGAUCGCCUUCCAGCAGCACCGCGAGCAGGCGCGACAGACGCGGCUGCUCCUCGAUAAGUACGCAGAGAAGAAGAGCCAGAAGCGAGCGCGCGGCGGCGUGGAGUCUGACCCGCAGACCGCGGGACUCGAACCCGGAGCCCACACCCUCGCGACGGCCUGUCUGGGCGCGCAGGCGACGAGCAACACGCCGCCGAGACCGUUGGCGCCACCCGCACCCCUGGAACCGGAGGCGCCUGCUGCGGCGAGCGCUGCGUCUCCGUGCCAGGCAGCGUCAGUUCACCGCGGGAUUCUGCAGUCCUGCUGCGACCUGCUGGGAGAGCUUAUCAAGUUCAACCCCUACGUGCUACACAUGCUGAACCGACACCUGGCGAAGGACCCGCGCACGCUGGCGCUGUUCCUUAACGUGAUUGUCGGCAACCUCGUGGACAGCAACGUCCUGCUGCGCUCCGUCUAUCUCACCAUCGAGUUCUGUCGACAGGUGCGCCACCUGAAUCGCCUCAUCCUCGCGGCAGGCCGACGCGCGCUGACCGAUCCCGAUGCCGCCUCCACUCUGACAGGCGCGGCGUCUCGCAAGGCAGAACGCGAGUUCGGCGGCGCCACCGAGGCCGCCCGCGCCGCGCUGGCGAGCCGGCUGCUCAGAGUCAUGAAAGUUUCGCCGCGGAGACAGAGAGAGAGCGAGGCCCGCGACGCGGGCAGCCGAGGCCUGCGCCUCUCGGCUUCAGACGACGUGGAGCGCGCCGCCUGUCCGCUGUCUCAUCCGUUGCCCUCACUUGAUCAACGCAGCAUCCAGCUGCAGGCGCUCGAGGCAGCGCUGAACGGCACGCUUCCUGAACCGUCUCCCGGGUCGCCCUCGUCGGCUCCGCCUCUCGCCUUUCCGCCGCGGCCGUCGAUUCUCCAGUCCCGCUUACCUCAAAGAGUCCCUCCCUUCCCCUCGCCCUACAGUCGCGGCCCUUCUCUGGCGGCCGCCGCCGCUGCCCUGGCGGCCGCAGUCGAGGACGGAGAAGCGUGGGAACCGGAUAACCGCGCCGGUGGGCUACCUCAACACGGGCUCCGCGACGCCGUGUCGUGUCUCACCUCAGCGGGCGAAGGCCCGCCGCUGUCGCCGGCGGCCUUCCGCGAGGCGCGCACUGCCCCCGCGAGCUGGCAACCCUCUGCGGUCACUGACGGCGUCGCGCCUGCGUCUUGCGCGUCGGGACUAGCGCCUGAGGAGGUGGAGAAGGCCCUCGAGCUGCUGAGGCACGAGCUGGUUCCUCUCUGGCGCGCGGUGCAUGUUUUCGAGCGAAAUAGCAGCAAUCCGUACGCGCUUCACGCCUCAGACAGUCCCGCAGUGAAGCAGAGAGGCAUGUCGUCUCCGCGCGUGCGCCGCGGCGCGAAGAACUCCGUCGCCGCUGCGGCGCUCGCGCUCGCGGGCAGAGGCCCUGCCGCGGCGAAGGACAGCGGGGUCGCAUGGCCCUGGAGCCCGCAGGACCAAAAAGGCUGCGGAGGCGGUCACGCCGAAAGGGAGAGAAAAGAGGCCACGCCGCUCGCCUCGUGCGAUCGCUUCGGGAUGCCGCACCAGUUUAGCGACUGCUGCAUUCGCGGGUGGCAUGCAGCGCCGUCUGGUCUCUCCGUCCCUUUCGUUGAAGGGCCUUCGCUGCGCUCGCUGCUCGCCCGCGCCGCGGCCAGGAAGACAGCCGGCGGCGAGGUGCGUGUGGGGUCGAGCAAAGAGCCAGAGAACGACGCAAAGGCAGAUGGAGCCGGAGGCUCAGGCGACGGACAGACUGGUGGGGCGGCGGCCCCUGCGGAGGGGCGAGAAGCCGGUGUGGCGGCAGGCGAGGCCACUCCGGUGCGCCGUGCCUCGGAUUCGGUCGCAGUUUCUUCUUCACGAGCGAGAGCUUCACCUGCGUCGGGGUCUGCCACUGCGUGCCCGCGCCUCCUCGAGUCUUCUUCUCCCUUCGCUUCUUCGCCGCGCCUAGCAGAGGCCGCCGCGAAAGGGCUGUACUGGGAGAAUGCGCCUGUGUGGGACGACGUGUGGGACUUGCGCGUGGAGCCGUCGGCCGCGAUGGCGGAAGACGCGGUGAAGAAAUGCCGGGAACUACACGCAGUGUUUCGAAAGAAAUACGCCGUGGAGAUUGAAGACGUCGUGCCUGAGGCAGGCAGUGAAGCGGAGGCACGGCGGCCGCUGUUCCUUUUCGCGAGACUUCAGCGCACGGCUCUUAUCAAGAAGCUCAUGUGUGUGGUACCGUUUGACACAGUCGCCCCCGACACGAUCUGCUGCGUGAACAGCUGUCUGCUCUUGUUGAUGCUCGCGUUACUCGAUGGCGAGCUGGAGGAGACACUCGACGCUGUUCGGUGCGAUCUCGCCGCAGAAGAGGCGGGUGAAUGUCCGGUGCUCUCUCGCCAAGCUCCGGGCACGCCGGCCGUGGAUGCUGCAUCGUCUUCGCCGCCCGAGUCGCCGUUCUCUUCGUCCGCGCGUCUUCUCUUUUCCAUUUGCCGCGACGCUGGCAACCUGCCGUCGCUUGUCUCAGCCUCGCGCUCGAGAUGCCGCCGAUGUCAGGCCCUCGCUCUGGCGAGGGCGAAGGCCGACAGCCAAGCGGGUGACGCACGAGCGGAGAAGCCCUGCAGCCGAGGCGAGGAGGGAAAGAGUGAAAUACGCGCAAAGAGCCAGGACCUUCCGUCCAGUGGAGCGUGCAAGCCGGAGGGACUCGGUCGUCGGCGCGGUGACGGCGAAACGGAAACGGCAGGGCAGCCUCACGGAGCCCGGAGGGACGCGGCAGAGGCGGAGGACGCGGACAACGACUUCGCGACGAGUGGAGACCUUCUCCACUGUGCGGCGCGUCUCCUGCGGCAACACAAUGAAGGCAUCGGCGGACUGUCUCACGACAAGAAAGACCUGCGAGGCAUGUCGCUGCCGGUCUACAACUUCUGGUGUCUCCUGCACUUCUGGCAACUGCACUACAGCCGCAGGUCGACGGAUGCGCGCGGCCUCGAGUUCUCUUGCCAAAUCCCGCUCGCUCACUGGCACGAACUCGUGACUAUCCUCGGAGGAAGGAACUCGAAACGCAGCAGUCUCGCCUUCACGGAGAAAGACAAGGUAUGCCAAGCGAGGGGUCGGCGGACCGAAGAGAAUCUCGCAAACGGCGAAACCAAGGAUGGAGGUACUGCUACUAAACCCAAGGAUUCUAGAGGAUAG